AUGGCUUCCAGCCCGCUGCCGGGGCCCAACGAUAUCCUGCUGGCAUCACCGUCGAGCGCCUUCCAGCCCGACGCGCUGAACCAGCCGCGGCCGGGCCACGCCAACCUGAAACCCAACCAGGUGGGCCAGGUGAUCCUCUACGGCAUUCCCAUCGUGUCGUUGGUGAUCGACGGGCAGGAGCGCCUAUGCCUGGCGCAGAUCUCCAACACCCUCCUCAAGAACUUCAGCUACAACGAGAUUCACAACCGCCGCGUGGCGCUGGGCAUCACGUGCGUGCAGUGCACGCCGGUGCAGCUGGAGAUCCUGCGACGCGCCGGGGCCAUGCCCAUCUCAUCGCGCCGCUGCGGCAUGAUCACUAAGCGUGAGGCUGAGCGUUUGUGCAAGUCGUUCCUAGGCGAAAACAGGCCCCCCAAGCUGCCUGACAACUUCGCCUUCGACGUUUCGCACGAAUGCGCCUGGGGCUGCCGCGGCAGCUUCAUCCCCGCGCGCUACAACAGCUCCCGCGCCAAGUGCAUCAAAUGCAGCUAUUGCAACAUGUACUUCUCGCCCAACAAGUUCAUCUUCCACUCCCACCGUACGCCCGACGCCAAGUACACGCAGCCGGACGCAGCCAACUUCAAUUCGUGGCGCCGUCAUCUCAAACUCACUGACAAGAGCCCCCAGGACGAGCUAGUAUUCGCCUGGGAGGACGUCAAGGCCAUGUUCAACGGCGGGAGCCGGAAGCGCGCGCUGCCCCAGCCGGGCGCGCAUCCCGCCUGCCACCCGCUCAGCUCGGUCAAGGCGGCCGCUGUGGCAGCGGCGGCGGCGGUGGCGGGAGGUGGGGGACUGCUGGGCCCGCACCUGCUGGGGGCGCCCCCGCCGCCGCCCCCGCCACCUCUGGCCGAGUUGGCGGGCGCGCCGCACGCGCAUCACAAGAGGCCGCGCUUCGAAGACGACGACGACUCGCUGCAGGAGGCGGCUGUCGUGGCCGCCGCCAGUCUUUCGGCCGCCGCCGCCAGCCUCUCGGUGGCCGCGGCCUCCGGCGGCGCCGGAGCGGGCGGGGGUGGCGCGGGGGGCGGCUGCGUGACGGGCGUUGGCGCCGGCGCGGGCGCGGUGGCUGGCGCCAAAGGGCCACGCAGCUAUCCGGUCAUCCCGGUGCCCAGCAAGGGCUCGUUCGGGGGCGUGCUGCAGAAGUUCCCAGGCUGCGGGGGGCUCUUCCCGCAUCCUUACACCUUCCCGGCUGCAGCCGCCGCCUUCGGCCUGUGCCACAAGAAGGAGGACGCGGGCGCCGCGGCCGAGGCCCUGGGGGGUGCGGGCGGCGCGGGCGCGGCGCCCAAGGCCGGCCUGUCGGGCCUCUUCUGGCCCGCGGGCCGCAAGGACGCCUUUUACCCUCCCUUCUGCAUGUUCUGGCCUCCGCGGACCCCGGGCGGGCUUCCCGUGCCCACAUACCUACAGCCCCCGCCGCAGCCGCCCUCGGCGCUCGGCUGCGCGCUGGGAGAAAGCCCGGCCCUGCUGCGUCAGGCCUUCCUGGACCUGGCCGAGCCCGGCGGCGCGGGCGGGAGCGCCGAAGCGGCCCCCACGCCGGGUCAGCCCCCUCCGGUCGUCGCCAACGGCCCGGGCUCCGGCCCGCCGCCUCCUGCGGGCGGGGCGGGCGCUCGCGACGCGCUCUUCGAGUCGCCCCCGGGCGGCAGCGGCGGGGACUGCAGUGCGGGCUCCACGCCUCCGGCCGACCCGGGCUCCGUGUCUGGGGCUGGGGCCGCGGCCGCCGGAGCGUGCCCCAUGGGUGCCCGAGUGCCCGCGCCCCACCACCCGCACCUCCUGGAGGGGCGCAAAGCCGGCGGAGGCAGCUAUCACCAUUCCAGCGCCUUCCGGCCGGUGGGCGGCAAGGACGACGCAGAGAGCCUGGCCAAACUGCACGGGGCGUCCGCGGGCGCGCCACACUCGGCCCAAGCGCAUCACCACCACCACCACCACCACCCGCACCAACACCACCACCACCAUCAUCCCCCGCAGCCGCCGUCACCGCUGUUGCUGCUGCCCCCGCAGCCCGACGAGCAGGGUUCCGAGCGCCACCACCCAGCCCCGCCGCCGCCCCCGCCCCCGCCCCCGCCCCCGCCGCCUCCGCUGGCCCCGCAGCCGCACCACCGAGGCCUUCUGUCCCCCAGUGGCACCAGCUGCAGCUACCCCAGCGAGGACACCUCCGAGGACGAGGACGACGAGGAAGAAGAGCAGGAGGUGGACGUGGAGGGCCACAAGCCCCCCGAGGGCGAGGAAGAGGAGGAGGAAAGUCGAGACCCCGAGGACGACGAGGAGGAAGACGAGGAGACAGGGGUCCUGCUAGGGGACCCUUUAGUCGGGGGCGGCCGAUUCCUCCAGGGCAGAGGGCUGUCGGAGAAGGGGAGCAGCCGGGACCGCCCGCCGGCUGCCGCGGGCGCUUUCCCACUGGCCCUGAACUCCUCCAGGCUGCUGCAGGAGGACAGGAAACUGGGUGACCCGGGCGGCGGGGACCUGCCCCCGCCCCCGCCCCCGCCCCCGCCGCUGGCCUCCCAGAAAUCAAGCGGCGGCCUUAGCAGCAGCCCGGGCAGCCCGGUCCACCAUCCAUCACUGGAGGAGCAGCCCUCCUACAAAGAUAAUCAGAAAACUAAGGAAAAUAACCAAGUUAUUUUAUCUACAAAGGAUGACAACAACUUUUCAGAUAAGAACAAGGAGCAUAGCUUUUUCAUCACAGACUCUGAUGCUUCCGGAGGAGAUUUUUGGAGAGAAAGAUCAGGUGAACACACACAAGAGACGAAUUCACCUCAUUCACUCAGAAAGGAUGUAGAAAAUAUGGGGAAAGAAGAACUUCAGAAGGUUUUAUUUGAACAAAUAGAUUUGCGGAGACGACUAGAACAAGAAUUCCAGGUGUUAAAAGGAAAUACAUCUUUCCCAGUAUUCAAUAAUUUUCAGGAUCAAAUGAAACGGGAACUAGCCUACCGAGAAGAAAUGGUGCAACAGUUACAAAUUAUUCCCUAUGCAGCAAGCUUGAUCAGGAAAGAAAAGCUAGGUGCCCAUCUCAGCAAAAGCUAAAAGGUGCACAGAACCACUUACUCUUGUUCUCUUGUAAGAUACAGACUGCCCCUGAGCACUUCCGACCCGCACAGAGACUGCAAAUUGAAAGGGCUUGGGA